CGUACUGCUGGAGCGGGACUCCAACACCAAAAGGGAUUGGACUUGUGGUGAGGAAAGGCAUCCUACGGGCCAGGGGUUUUAGUGGCCUUCCAGUGGGAUUCUAUCGUCUUGAGUUAUAUUUUUCUAUUCUUCACCGACUUGCUGCUGGCAGUGCAGGUGUGACUACCAGGGUAGGACUUCUUGAGGAAGCUGUGAACCCAGAGGAACAGGAUUCACUCUGAAGACUCAGAUCCCAUUGACAGGACCCAUUGAUACGACCCACUGGUGCCGGGAUCCACUGACACCAGGAGCCACUGACACCAGAUCCCACUGGCGCCGGGAUCCACUGACACCAGGAGCCACUGACACCAGAUCCCACUGACACCAGAUCCCACUGAUCGUACCCAUGGCCAUGUCCCAGCAGGCAGCUGUCUCCAAGCAGCAGGACAACACCUUCUCCAGCGGGGUCAUGGAGGAGUCUGAGGUCUGCUCUGUGCCUGGGGGGCUCGCCAGCGUCAGGGCGCAAUUUGAGAACCAGGAAACUGCAACAUCGCACAAUGUCUCCCAGUUCCACUUCCACCGCAGAGCUGUGCAGGAAGUUCAAUUGAACUCUGAGGUGACAAUGAGGAGCACUUCCAGAGACGUCAUCCCAGCCUCUCAGCAGGCUAUUUUCCACCAGGAUGAACAGGUCACACAUGAGGAAAACAGCUUUACCUCGGUUUAUGACAACAACCAUAAUGAUGAAAGAGAGGAGGAAGGUCCUAGACUUACAACCAAGGAAUUAAGAGAUCACUUUGAGAGAACCAUUGAAGAAGCUGCCCCAAGCAAGCCAAUGAAGACUCGAGUUCUCAAGUCGGAGCUUUGCACUGUGUGUCGGAGGAGGGUCUAUCCGAUGGAGUCUCUAAUAGCGGACAGAAAAAAAUUCCAUAAAUCUUGUUUCUGCUGCGAGUACUGCAGAAAUAAAUUAAGGUAA